GAGGAACGCCAUCAUGCCGAUGUCCUGUCCUACCAGGAAACCAUCCAGCAGCUUGACAGCGAGCUGAGGAACACCAAGUGGGAGAUGGCAGCUCAGCUCCGGGAGUACCAGGAUCUGCUCAACGUCAAAAUGGCCUUGGACAUUGAAAUUGCUGCCUACAGGAAGCUCCUGGAAGGGGAGGAAUACCGGAUGGAGUCUGGCUUGGGGAUGCUGUCCUUCCCUGAGGUGGUCCCCAAGGCUCCCAGCAUCGCCACCAGCAUCAAGGUGAAGAGUGAGGAGAAGAUCAAGGUGGUGGAAAAAUCCGAGAAGGAGACAGUGAUUGUGGAGGAGCAGACAGAGGAAAUCCAGGUGACCGAGGAGGUGACGGAGGAGGAGGAGGAGGAGGCGGCCGAGAAAGAGGCUGAAGAGGAGAAGGCUGAAGAGGAGGAGGAGGAAGAAGAGAAAGCUGAAGCAGAGGGCGAAGAGGAGGCCAAGUCCCCCGAGAAACCCGAGUCCCCCUCGAAGGAGGAGGCCAAGAGCCCGGUGCCUGUCAAGUCCCCUGAAAAGCCCCCAACUCCCUCAAAGGAGGAGGCCAAGACGCCUGUUGUGAAGUCCCCAGAGAAGCCCCCAACACCUGCAAAAGAGGAGGUCAAGAGCCCCGCUGUCAAGUCCCCAGAGAAGCCCCCAACGCCCUUGAAGGAGGAGCCCAAGCCCCCGGCAGCGAAGUCCCCAGGGAAACAUGCACCUCCACCAAAGGAGGAGGCCAAGACCCCUGCUGCCAAGUCCCCAGAGAAGCCCUCACCCCCCUUGAAAGAAGAGGCCAAGGCCCCUGCAGUGAAGUCCCCAGAGAAACCUGCGGCACCCUCAAAAGAGGAGGCCAAAGCCCCAGAGAAGCCGCCAACCCCUUCUAAAGAAGAGGCCAAGCCCCUGGUAGUGAAGUCCCCAAGCCCCUCGAAGGAGGGGGCUAAGACCUUGACUGUGAAGUCCCCUGAGAAAGCCAAGUCUCCUGUGAAGGAGGAGGCCAAGUCUCCACAGAAGGAAGUGGCACCGGCCAAGGAGCCCACCCCCUCCCCUCCAAAGGAGCCGAAAGCCCCUGCGAAGGAAGAGCAGCCCAAGGAGGUGAAGGCUUCCUCCAAGCCCGGAGCUGAGGAGGGCAGGAAAGAGGAAGCUCCCAAAAAGGAUGCUCCAGCCAAGGUGGAGGAGAAGCCCAAGGAGAAGGUGCCGGAGCCUGCAGCUCAGGAGGUGAAGGAGCCCGCCAAGCCAGCCCCCAAGCCUGCAGAAGGAAAAGCCAAGGAGGCAGCUCCCCCAGAACCCCAGCCCGAGCUCAGCAAAGCAGCUGUUGAGGAGCCAAAGAAGGAGAAGGUUGAGGAGCCAAAGAAGGAGAAGGUUGAGGAGCCAAAGAAGGAGAAGGUUGAGGAGCCAAAGAAGGAGAAGGUUGAGGAGCCUAAAGCUAAACCCAAAGAAGAGCCCAAAGCCAGUAAAGACACCCCCAAGGCUGAGGCCCCCUCCAGCAAGGAGGGCAAAGCCCCAGAGCCGACCGUGGGGAAGAAGUGA